UUUGAUAGGUUUUAAUCAAAAGACAAAAUUGAUCAUAGUAGUAUUUUGUACAAUCACUAUUUUGGAAUUUUUGAAACAAUUUGGUGAUAGUUGUACGAUCUUACAUCAAAAAGAAAUUCUGAACACAUAUUUAGAAAGAGUGAAAAUGUCUACUUUUAACUCACUGUUUCUAACUUUAAGUGACCAAAAAAAUGACUGAAUAGUUUUGUGGCAAGAGUAUCUCAUGAUAGGUUUUUUACUGAAUAAUUAUGCUUCUAUUUUCUUUCUUUCUUUAUUAAUAUUAAUUUCUAUAUAUUCUAGGUCAACUUACAAGUAAAGAAGCAAAACAAGCGGGAACGACUAAUCUUCAUAUUGAUGUAUCUGAUGCUGUAAAUGUUCUUGUCUAUGUUGGUAUAGGUGGCCAUGGUGAUGAUGGAUCCGAUAAAGAGGAAGAAAUUCGACAAGUAGAAGCAGAAAUACUUGAUUCAAAUAUUGAUGAAGCACAAUUACAACGACUAAGAAAUGGAGAAAAACCUGGUGCACUAUGGCAUUUAUUUCGCUCUGAUGACGUAAAAAAAAUUCGUGAUUAUAUUGGUCGAACUCAACGUAAAACGACUGGUUCUGAUUCUAUACAUGAUCAAACAACUUAUUUAGAACGAGAAGAUUUAGAAAAAUUAAAAGAUUGUAGUAAUGUAGAAGCAUAUCCAAUACUACAAUUUCUUGGUGAUGCAGUUUUUAUUCCAAGUGGUGCACCACAUCAAGUAAAAAAUUUACAUUCAUGUAUAAAAAUUGCUGAAGAUUUUGUUUCACCGGAAAAUCUUGAUCGAUGUUUAAUAACAACAAAUGAAUUUCGAUCAUUAUCAAAAACUCACACAAAUCAUGCUGAUAUCUUGCAGGCCAAGAAUAUUCUUUAUUAUACAAUACGCGAUGCAGUCAAUUCGUUGACUUAA